AUAUAUUCAAGCCAAGGUGAUCGCUGGACAAAGCAGUAGCCAGCAAAUAGCAAACACAAAAGGUUUUCAAGCAUUUGGUUCCUUAAUUUUCAUUGUCUGUUCUACGAGGAGGAGAAGAAUGGUGGCAAUUUCACUAGAUCCGAGUUUAAGCAUGCAAAUUGGCAAAGAUUGUCACCAUCGAGGAGCUGUAAUUACAGAGGAAAUCGAAGGGCUAAUUAAAGUGUACAAAGAUGGGCAUACAGAAAGGCCUCAGAUCGUUCCAUUUGUUGCAAGCUCAUUGGCUCCUGAGUAUGGUGUGAUCUCACAAGAUCUAAUCAUCGACAAGUUCACAAACAUUUGGGCACGUUUUUAUGUUCCGACCACAUGUGAUGGUAAGCUCCCAUUAAUUGUUUACUUCCAUGGAGGCGGGUUUUGUGUCGGUUCAGCUGCUUGGAGUUGCUAUCAUGAGUUCCUAGCAAGGCUAUCUGUCAACGCAGGUUGCCUGAUCAUGUCUGUAAACUAUCGUUUAGCCCCGGAAAAUCCUCUGCCGGCAGCUUUUGAUGAUGGGAUUAAGGCUCUGAUAUGGUUAAAACAACAAGCUUUGAGUUCAGCUAAUGACUGGUUGUCUAGCCAGUGUAAUUUUUCCAACGUAUUCGUAGCCGGCGAUAGUGCUGGUGCCAACAUAGCCUACAACGUUAUUGCUAGACUGGGUUCUAAAGGAGCGGCGGCGAUAAAGCCAAUAGAUCUUAAAGGCAUGAUCUUGAUCCAACCAUUUUUCGGGGGAGAGACACGAACCAACUCAGAGAAGUAUUCAUUACAGUCAUCUAGAUCAGCACUGAGCCUGGCAACCUCGGAUACAUAUUGGAGACUAGCUUUGCCAAGUGGAGCUAAUCGUGAGCAUCCCUGGUGCAAUCCUCUAGGAAAAGGGUCGUCUGUGAAAAUGGAUGAUCUGAUGAAAUUGCCGGCGAUGGUGUGCAUAGCAGAGAUGGAUAUAUUGAAAGACAGGAGCAUGGAGUUUGCCGCAGCUUUGGCUAAAGGAAGAAAGAGAGUAAAGCAAGUGAUUCACAGAGAUGUAGGGCAUGGAUUUCAGGUUCUGAGCAAGUCUCAGGUCUCGCAGACUCGAACACUUGAAAUGCUGGCUCAAAUCCAGGCCUUUAUUAGUGGAUGAUUCCUUGUCUCUCUCACGCACGCGCACAGGAAUUAUUAAUUUGUGUAUAUUACUAAAAGAACUAGCUAGUUAUAAGCAGGGCUGCUUACAGAUUCCUCAAGUACACAGUGCAGGCCAUUGUGAGUGCAUGUUCAAAGCAGCUCAUGAUUUUUCUUUUCUGUGCACAUAUAACAAAGAUAUUCUUGCAAAGCUUUUAUUUAUUUA